AUGGCGGCGGAAUCGAAAUCGCAAACCAUGCCUUAUAACACUCGACGCAAGUCGCUUUCGUUGCCUUCGCUCGGCAUACAUCUGCCAGUAACUCACGCCUCCAGAGCGGCCGCCCGACUCUCACCGCCUUCAGUCGCCCCGACGGCUGAAAUUCCCCCAUCCAAGAAAAUCAAACGGUCGCAUGGAGACGCGUCGUCAAUGUCACCUCCUCCGAAGAGAACCAGUUUAAAAUACGACAACACACCGCCACCGUCGCCCGAUGCCGAAGCCCACGGGUUGGAAGGGGUGAAGCCCCAGGAGAUUGACUGGGUCGGAAUCAAGGACGAGAUUGUCGAAGCCGUCCUGGUUCAGCUACAGAAGACCGGUAACCGGCCUCAUCUGGUCAAGGAACUUGCGGCUAUCCUGUCGCAGAGCUUGAAGAUUGUCGAACAGUCUGCGAACCCAUCUGCGAUCAUUUCGUCGCGACUUUCCUCCUAUCUCAAGCGGACGUGGACAGCCCUGGCGCCGUGUCCCGUCGCAAAGGAACUCGAGACGUUGCAUCCUCGAAGAACAUAUUUCUACCUCACGACAUGCCCGCGGCAAGCCAUGCCCGACCCUCUGACCAUACCAUUCCCGUCCCGCGCCAUCAUCUCGCCCUCCGUAUCCAGCGCCGCCUCGAGAUCCGACGAGGCCGACGCCGAACGGAGAAGGGAACUCUCUCCUUCCCCGGAAGUCGACCUCUCUUCCCCUGAGUACGAGGACGAGGACGUGACCACGCCACCCACCCCCACUGGGUCCUUCUCUGCCCGCGCCACCCAGACGCCGCGCCACCACCGAGCCACGUCGCCCCCCCUCGAGAAAGACGAAAAGGAAUUUACCCAGACCGCGCGGGGCAUGCAGAAGCGCAAACUGAGCGCAGAGAUCCGGAUGAGUGGAGUGCCCUCGGAGAUGACGGACCACCCAACACGAAGCUUAGACGACUCCCUGUUCGGCGAAGCUCGGAACCUGAAUGUCCUCAACUCCUCCGUCUUCGCCAGCAGCCCCGCGAUGAAGCCCACGAUGAACCAUCUCUCAUUCAGCGCGAUGAAACGCAAUUUCGACGAGUGCAACGCCUGGGCCGAUGCCACCGUCGACUGGGACUUGCGCAGUCCCGAGAACGUCGAGUUGGAAGAGCUAGACGGCAUGUUUGACGACUUUUGA